UUACUGCGUUGCAUCGUAUACAGUGGAUUGCAUUCUGCAUAUUAAUUUAAUUUUCACCGUCUUUUAUGUUGCUUCACGCGAUCUGUAUUUGCGCCAGCUACCGAGCAGAAUGACGUCAAGGCAACUAUGGACCGUCGUCACAACAGUAGUAGUAAUGCUCGCAAUCAUGACCGGUGUAAUUGAUCGAGGGGUCGGCGCAUUGGAUUGCCAUUUCUGUAUCGGAGUGAAUCAUUGUAACGUGACCAGUGAACAGAUUGAACCGGUGACCUGCACGGAGAAAAUCGUUCACCUGACCAACGAGUCGCUAGCCGGAUUCAUGCCAACAUUGAGCAGCAGCCGGAUUCGAGAUCGGGAGGAUUUUCAGUGUGUUCACAUGAAGGCUACCUCGCUUACUGACCGGACGUUUCUGUUCAUACGAGGAUGCAUCUUCGGAUCGAUCGAGUUCUGCGAUCUGCGAUAUGCCAGCUUUCGGGGGACUCGGGAAUGCUUUGCGUGUGCAACCGAAAACCACUGCAACGUCGUCAGUAGUUCCGAAAAAGUGACCAUUGAUGCAGUUACUGUGAUUGUGUCGGCUUCGGCUAGUGCCAUAUUCUUUGCGAUUAAUCAUUUUUGCAAUCUCCGUUGAAUGGCAAUAAAGUCAGAAAGUUAUCUUUUUUUCUCAUGUGUGUCAUACGAAUCGAUUGAGCCGCACCCAGUCUUCGUUGGUUCCAGCGUAAAGUAUUGCAUUUUUGCAACAUGAUAAUGUUAAACAAGUUAUUAAAAGCGUGUAGUUUUUUGUUUAUUGUUA